UUUUCCUUAAAGAUGUCCCGACAUUAAAACGAAACCAGCAGUCCGGUUAUAAAGCAAAACGCGCUUCGUCCGGUUUGGUAGGAACCUGUGCGGCUGCCGUAGAGAGGAAGCGACAACACAACAGCCAAGAUGGUGCUGGAAAAGAAAGCUUCCGCUCGGGUGGAGGCCGGGCAGCGCCGAGUUCUGGAUGAAGCCACCAGACAGAGGAGACUGACCAGACAGCUCGAGGCUCUGGAGAAAGACAACUUCCAGGACGACCCUCUGUCCUCCCUCCCUCCCCCAGGUCCUACUGCCCGCCUUCCCGCCUUCAGCGAGACAGAAGAACCAGAGAAGAAGAAGAGGAAGACGAGGGGCGAUCACUUCAAGCAGCGUUUCAGGAAAAACUUCACCACGCUGCUGGAGGAGGAGAACCUGUCGGAGAAGCCGGAGCCCAACUACCUGUCCGCGGCGGCCCCGCCCUCCUCUCUGCCCCCCCGGCACUUCUGCUGCGUCUGCGGCUUCCCCUCUCACUACACCUGCACCACCUGCGGGGGGCGCUACUGCAGCACCAAGUGUCUGUGUACGCACAGAGAGACCAGGUGUUUGAAGUGGACGCUGUAACUGCCGCCACGUUACCAUGGCGACGAUGGCGGUACCUGUUCGCUGAGGACAGACGGACGAGCCGGGCGUUGAACCUGUGAACUGACUCUCUGUUUGUUGGCUUCUGUGAGAGCAGACGGACUCGCACACACAUAUACCAGAGUACGCUGUGACGUCACCGGAGAAGGCGAGGAGUUAAACCUCUGGACGUCAGAAGAUCUACAGAAAGUGUUCAGUUUCUGUUUAACUCGUUUACUUAAAUUGGAAUAUUUUUCUCCAAACUGUUCCAGUUAUUCCUCAUCCCAUGAUGCAUUGUGUGACUUCACUGAUCCGGCGUUGGUGAGAGUUAGCGGUUUAUAUUCUUUUAUUUUCACAGCGUUUUGGCAAAUAAACAAUCUAAAAAACAACAUUUUUAAAGGAAAGGUUUGUCCCUCUGAGAGCCAGAUGUUCAGAUUGAAUCCGCUCUCGUGGCCUUUAUGCUACAGCUAGCAGCUGCUUAGCUUAGCUUAGCUUAUCUUAGCUUAGCAUAAAGACAGGGGGAAACAGCUAGCCUAAAUCCUAAAAAACUAAAUCCUGUCACAAUGAAUCUGUAUCUGUUCCUCUAGCGAAGCUGCACUCACAGCACAACAUGCUACAUACCAAGUGUUAAAGCUAACAUAAAUUGAAUGCUGAUAUGAGGAGUAUGUGAACAGAGUUGGUCUUUUUCCAUGUGGCGUUCUGUUUAUUUUGUCCACCACCCGUGUGUGCUGAUGUGCCAGAUGUUGUGUUAUUGUUUUGUAAAUAAUGAUUCGUGUUUCGUCUUUUAUUAAAGAAAGUGACCCUGAAGCUGAA